CGAACGUAAUGAAAAUCUUGAUCACCCUUUCCCUGUGUAUGUUCGCUACAGUGACAUCGAUAUCUUACAAGUUGUAAAUUGUCCUCCAUUGACUGAGCUUAAUGAAUCUAAACAGUCUUCCGUUACAAAAGCAGACCCAAUAAACAACAAUGUUUAUAUAGAAACAAAUGAUACUCAUCCUGGAUACUGCAGAAUACGCGUCUUAAAUCCCCAAAAUGGAUUUCCUCUGAACAGAAAAGGGAUUGAAUGUACGUCUUCGUUUCGUGGAAAACAUUACAUCAAUACGAAUCUGAAAGAUGUGGAUGAGGAUGCUAGAAAAAUAUAUAAAAGCCAUGAUGAGAGAUAUGACGUUGAACGCAAAGGACCUGCUUUAGGAGUAGAAUUAAGAGAUAACAAAACGACGUUAGACAAUCCCAUAUUAAAAGACCAAUGGGAUUUUACUUGGGCGAUCCCUUGUCUAUGACCUGAGUGUGCACGAUCGUGGAUUAAUCGAUGUAAGAAAAGUAUGUGGCUCUGUAAAGCUGAUAUUGAGAAAAUCUUCAGCAUGGGUCUUCACGUCGUUCCUGUUGCCCAUAAGCAAACAACUGGGCCCGAAUCUGAUAUUGAAUGGCGUUUUUCCUUUGCCACCACAGAAGUUGCAUUGGCAAAAUCGAUUGUAAGUGACUACCAAAGACAGUCCUAUGUGUUUUUCAAAAUUUUCAGAAGAGCACUGAUUCACAAAGAUAAUAAAUUUGAGGUUAUUUCUUCUUAUCACUGCAAAACAGUUUUUCUGUAUGCAUGCGAGACCUUACCUGAAACAAGAUGGGAAAAUCCUGGUUGGUGUUUUCUUUACCUGUUGGAUAGACUCUUGGAGCAUGUGAAAUGCAGGAAACUCCCUACUUUUUUCAUUCCCGAAAAUAAUUUGUUUGACGUUUUAACAGAAGAGGACCUCUCAGAUGCAGAGCGCAUUUUGAAAGAAGCGAGAAAGAAUCCAAUACUUACUUUACUUCCCUUCACAGACAAAUAUGUGCUUCAAGAUCAAAGUAGAAGGUCAAAGUUUCGAGAGGACAUCCAACCAUUGACCGACAAUGACAAUUGGAAGAAUAAACAAACAACUAAAGAUAAUUACAAGAUGGUCCUUGAAAAGGUCACUCGAAGUUGUCUAUUGAGCCUCAAAACGACAGAAGUCGCCAGACUAUUAGUUGACAUGUAUAGACAUAUGAAAAUGUUCUUUGAAAAUCUUUCGGAUUUUGUUCUGAGCAUCGUAGAAAACCCUAAAUGCAUAUCUCCUCCAAGACAGUGCACAUUAGUUUUUCCACUUACCAUGUUGAUCCAGUCAAUACUUGUUUAUGCUCAGAAUAGUCAGGGUACGUCUGAUCUUCAAGAGUAUUUAGCAUUACUAUAUUCUUCAGCAUCGAUGUCAUAUCCCAUUGAUUCUGUGAAAUUCAAGGAAAUCAAAGAAAAAACACUGACACUUUAUGAGAAGUUGGAGACAGAUAAUGUGACUGUACAAGGGCAUAUUAACUAUGCCAAUUUUUUGCUUCGAUGCAACAUGAAAAAAGAAGCAAAGGAUAUAUUGAAAGAUCUUUUUACAAUGACUACUGGAAAAAAUUGCCAACACCAAAUGAACAAGUACAGUGUUCUUACAUUUAAUGCGCUUCCACGACGUUUGAUGGCACAUUUGUCCAAAACAUUUUCCACAAAUGCAUUCAAACAAAUACAAUUUCCAUCCAUAUCACUGGCUUUCUUUGUGCGCAUUUUAUGUAUCGAUGAAGAUGACAUGAUCACAUCAUGGAAUGAGUACAUGAUGAAAUUCCAGAAUUAUUGCUUAGUGCAACAAUACUCAAGCUCUCACUAUCUACUUGGUUUAUUAUGCUUGAACAAGGAAAAAUUUAGAGAAGCAGAAAUAGCUUUCAAUGAUUCUGGAAAUUUUUUGGAAGCAACAGAGAAGGCAAUUAUUUGUCACGUGCAGAGUUUAAUACACAGUGCUACAUGCGAUUCUGCAGUCGAAUACAUCAUUAAGGUUUGGGGGGACAUGUUUCAACACUUACAUGUACCAGUUGAAGAAGUUUUGGUGUAUUUAGCACUUAAAGUGAGACAUCCAGAAAAUUCAAUAGAUAUGUUCAAGGAAAUAAGUAAAAGAUUUCAAGAUUUUACUAAAUCAAGAGUAAAUUUGGCAUUUAUGUAUCUAGCACAUGCUUGCUCUUUGCCAUCUGAGAGUGUGAAAAGAACUACAGCGUUUGAAAAUUCAAAGACAGAAUUUAACAGCUUGUUGACUUUAAGAGAAAAACCUCCUUCGGGCAUGAUUGCAGGAAUUGCUCUUUUACAUUUCGUACAAAAAGAGUGGCAUGUAGGGAUAGGACUCCUAAAAAAGUACAUUGAACAUAUUGAUGACGACUCUGAAAACGAGUUUUCGGUGUCAUUGCUACAGGUGCUAGACGGAUUCCUAAAGAACGAGAUAGAAGUCCGUGAAGUUUUUCGCUGCAAGUCAAAAGCCCUUUGUUAUUACAUUUUAGGGAGAAGUGUGUUUUGUUGGAUGGAAGAAAAAGAAUGUUAUUCUAAAAACGACAGAGAAAAGGCCACAGAACGUAAUCUUGGAAAAAGUAACCCCUCUUCUGCUGGACAAGACAAAGUAGAGAAAAAUCUAGAGUCAUCAGCAAAAGACAUUGAGAAGAUAGAAAUGGAUUCUACGGAACAAAACUUAGAAAGAGAACACGAUACUCUAUUGAAAGAUUUCGAAAACUACUGCCUCGAGGACUUCAGUGCGACGUCAUUUAGUUUGCUCGGAUAUCUAUACAUGAUGAAAGAAAACUGGAAUACGGCAGUGUUUUGGCUGUGUCAUGCAAAAUAUGGAGAUUUCACAUUAGAGUCCGAUAAGGUGGGAAUGAUAUACUCUUUAAGCAAAGCAGACCCAUAG